UGGUAAUUAAAAAAAAACAGUAUGAUAAAUAAAAACAAAAUAUGUCACAUAUCUACGGCGUAAAAACAAUCUAAAUAAAUAAUCGCAAAAAUAUGCCUAUUUUAUUUGACAGAACUAAAAUCUAAAUACGAAAAUGCCAGAUGUCAAAUAAAUUGAUAAGAUAUUUCAAUCUCGAACAUGAAGGAAAUUUAUUGAUUAUAAAAAGACAAUAUGGGAAACGUAGAUACUAAAUUAAAUUUUAGAAAGGCUGUCGUUCAACUUACAUCCAAGUCGGAGCCAAUUGACUCAAAUGAUGAUGCUUUUUGGGAACAGUUUUGGUCUGAAAACGUUACUAAUGUACAAGAUAUUUUUACUUUAGUUCCUGCAACUGAAAUAAGACAAUUAAGGGAAGAUGCACCAUCGAAUCUAGCAACUUUGUGUUAUAAAGCAGUUGAGAAAUUAGUUAAAGCUGUAGACAAUAGUUGUAGAACCCAGUAUGAACAACAAACAGUUUUAAAUUGUUCCCGCCUGCUUACUAGAAUUUUACCAUACAUUUUUGAAGAUAUAGAAUGGAAAGAUUUUUUUUGGUCAUCUCUACCCAGUCAUGAAGAAGAUGAUGAAUCUGUACCCUUGGCUCAUUCUUUAUUAAAUUCAAUAUGUGAUUUGUUAUUCUGCCCAGAUUUUACUGUUGUGGCUAGCAGAAAAAGUGGACCGGAUAAAGCAGAAGAAUUAUCUGCUAUUGACAGUUGUGAAUACAUCUGGGAGGCUGGAGUUGGCUUUGCGCAUUCACCACCACACAAUCCAACUUUUGACUCGAAUAGAACAGAAUUAUUAAAACUUCUUUUGACAUGCUUCAGUGAGACAAUGUACCAUCCACCAGCUGACAUUAACGAAAAUCCUAACAAAUGGAUACUUUAUUUAACAUCAUCCGAAAACAGACAUGCCCUACCUAUGUUCACUUCCUUACUAAACACUGUUUGCGCUUACGAUCCCGUUGGUUUGGGAGUACCCUACAAUCAUUUAUUGUUUAAUGAUUCCCUUGAGCCUUUGGUUGAAGCAGCCCUUCAGAUUCUUAUCGUUACAUUAGAUCAUGAUACAAGUACUUCAAAUGCAGAAAAUGAUGACGUGUCAGUUCCAGAUAAUCUGUUUAUAAAUUACCUAUCUCGAAUUCAUAGAGAUGAAGAUUUCCAUUUUAUUUUAAUUGGUAUAACUCGUUUACUUAAUAAUCCAUUGGUACAAACCUACUUACCAAAUUCAACAAAGAAAGUUCACUUUCAUCAGGAGCUUCUGGUAUUCUUUUGGAAACUGUGUGACUACAACAAGAAAUUUUUGUAUUAUGUUUUAAAAUCUAGUGACGUCUUGGAGAUACUUGUUCCUAUCUUAUAUCAUUUAAAUGAUUCAAGAGCUGAUCAAUCUCGAGUUGGUUUAAUGCACAUCGGUGUAUUCAUUUUACUGUUGCUUUCUGGUGAAAGAAAUUUUGGAGUACGUCUUAACAAGCCGUACACUGCUACGAUUCCCAUGGACAUUCCAGUUUUCACAGGAACACACGCAGAUCUGAUAAUAAUAGUCUUUCACAAAAUCAUAACCACCGGGCAUCAAAGACUACAACCUCUUUUCGAUUGCCUACUUACUAUUCUAGUCAAUGUUUCACCAUAUCUAAAAACAUUAUCAAUGGUAGCAAGUACAAAGUUAUUACAUUUAUUGGAAGCCUUCAGCACGCCGUGGUUUCUUUUUUCCGCAUCAUCAAAUCACCAUUUAGUAUUUUUCCUUCUUGAAAUAUUCAACAAUAUCAUCCAAUACCAAUUCGAUGGAAAUUCAAGCCUCGUGUACACGAUUAUCAGAAAACGUCAAGUAUUCCAUAGUUUAGUUAAUUUGCCGGCCGAUUAUUGUACUAUUUCCAAAUCGGUCAAUAAACGAUCCAAAAAAAGACUGUCCACUUCUACUAGUCAUGAAAAUAUAAACGAGCAAGCAAUGGAAGGAUCUCAUCCUGCACUUCCAGCCGAACCAGGCACUUUGAAAGCUACGCUUCCGGAUACGCCGCAGAUAGCACAGAUGACUGAGAAGGAAUCUGCUCAUCCUUUGUCACAGCAGCAACCAGAAUCGUUGCCACUAACGAAUGGAAUGUCCGCAUUAGUUGUAAAUACGCAAUCUAAGACUGGAGAUAGUGUAGAAAAUAGUAAUAGUGAGAAAACUGAUGCAGCAGAAGUAAGUGAAACUAAAGAAUCUGCUAGUCCUACAUCACCACAAUCAAAUUUUACAAGAUCUGUUAAAUCGAGGAAUAGUCUUAGAGUGACUGCACCUAGUGAAGGUACAAUUGGACAAUGGGUACCAACAAGUGAAUGGGUGCAUAGUUGGAAAAGUAAAUUACCCUUACAAACCAUUAUGCGACUGUUGCAAGUACUUGUGCCGCAAGUUGAAAAAAUAUGCAUAGACAGAGGAGUGACUGAUGAGAGUGAAAUUUUGAAGUUUUUACAGCACGGGACUUUGGUAGGUUUGUUACCAGUUCCUCAUCCAAUUCUUAUUAGAAAAUAUCAAGCAAAUUCGGGUACAACUACGUGGUUUAGAACAUACAUGUGGGGCGUCAUAUACUUAAGGAACGUCGAUCCUCCUAUAUGGUAUGAUACAGAUGUUAGGUUAUUUGAAAUUCAACGUAUUUAAAUUAUUUAUUAAUUUAUAAUUACUAUUUAUUUUACGUACUAUGUUAAAAAUAUAAUUUGUUAUGUAUUUGUUAUACCAAAAAAAUCGUUACUGCUUGCUAUACUUUUCUCAUAAUAUUGAAUAUAAAAGGUGGAACAGAUUUUUUUGUCACAUAGCGAAAAUAUGAAGUGUUUUUAAUUUAAAUCUAAACAUUUAAUAUAAUUAUUAAGUUUUUUAGGGCCAGUGAGCAUGGGCGUCGUUUGGGAAGUUGACUCAAUACAUUUUAUUAAACAAAGUUUAUUUUCUUAGCGCUAAAAGAAUUCAUUUUUUUCUACUUUUUUUUUAGGACAUGGCACUCAAUCCUGGGUCUCGAACGAUUUUAUUAUUUUUUUAAUAUGUUGAUUUUGGGAUCAGAAGAAGCAACUUUUAAAUGAAACAUUUCUUUGUAGCUAUACUGACCUGAAUAAAAUGAAUUUUUUGAUCCUGGAAAUCGAUCGAUUUUCGUAAUUUUUUGAUGUCAUUCAUGAGACAAAGAUAAAUGUCUUUUAAAUAGAAUAGUUGGUGUGCUCGAAAAAUUGACCUGGGAAUUUAAUGCAUUGAAUUUUAUUUUUACAAACAUACUUAUUUGUAAUUAAUUACUGACAUUAAAUGGUUAAUGGUAAUUUUAUUUUAAUUAAUUAACAAUUUUUGAAUGGAACAAGAUGUGUCUUUUAAAAAUGCCUAGAUUAUACCGAAAAAGCUACCCUAUACCUAUAUUUUUCGGAAUAAUAUUGU